ACAGAGAGUGUGUGUGUGAGCGGACUGGAGCGUCAUUCUCCUCCUUUCUUCUUUCAGUGAACGCGCAUCACUUGUGAGGAGAAACGGCGCUCGAGACCCAGAAGUUUCUUGUCUGUCGGCUCGGCUCGUUUCGCGCAGCUCCGGUGAUUUUCCUCCCGGUUUUUCAUUCUUAUCCUCAUUUUUUCCCUCUGACUCCAGGAGCCAGUCGGGGUUGUGCGGUACUGCUAACACUGGGCGUAGCUGGAGAGGAUCUUGCUAGCUCGCCGCUGCACCGACUGACCAGACCGUGCUGUCUCAGAAAGCCUGUAGACCUGUGGCCAUCCUGUGAGAUCUAAGUCAGCCCUGCCCUGCAGAGACGGACCACUACCACUCAAGGGGAGAUGAAGCCGGAUGGGGUUGCCACGGCGGCGCUGGAGCCAAUGGAAACAUUGGAAUCCAACCCAGUAAAUGAGGCAGCACCAGCCGCAGGACAGGAGCCCAACGAGGCAGCCAGUCCGGCGGAGGAGGAGAUGCCACAGCAACCUGCAGGAGAAACAGGCCAGGAGGAACCCCAGCCAGACCAGGCCAAGGAAACCCCAGCUGAUAAGCCCAGCAACAAGACUUCAGGAGACUCCAAAGCCAAGGCUGCCAACAAGACCACAACCAAGACGAAACCUGGCGCCACCAGCGCAACCAAGACCACAUCUGGGUCACGGCCCAACGGAUCCCAGAACCGCCUGUCGAAUGGCGUGUCUAAGCCCCAGACCAAUGGAGUGGCUAAGAAGACAGGACCUGCUGCGGCCAAAAAGACCACCCCUACCCCAGCUCCCUCCAAAAAACCAACAGCUCCGGCCGCAGCCCCAGCCUCCAAGAGCAAAGUGGGUGAGAAGAAAGCCACAGGGCCUGCCCCUGCCACCAAUGGCGCAAAGUCGAUGACCGGAACGACAGCAGCCAAAAAGACACCAUCCACAACAACUGCUAAUGGUGUCAAAACCAGCACCACUGCAGCUGCUGCUAAAAAGCCCCCAGUUUCCAAGACUGCGUCUGCAACUCCCACCAAGCCUAGCUCUACUGCCUCACCCAAGCCUCCUGUUUCCAAGACAACCAGGCCUUCAACUGGCGCGGCAGCAUCACCUCGUCCUGCCACAGGCUCAACCCGGCCACCCACUACCAGCACAACCAAGAGCUCCCCAGCUACAGCCAAAACUGCCACCCCUAAAACCCCCUCCUCCACCACUGCCAAGCCUGCUGCCUCCAAACUAACCUCCACUACCCCCUCUGGUGGCAAACCUCCAGCAUCACAAACAUCCAGGAACACAACCCCUGUGAAAAAAGAUGUUACCAAAACAGCCACUUCAGCAUCCAAAAAGCCUGAGUCUCCCCUCACUCGCCCCUCCUCUACAACAAAGCCGGCAAAACCUGAGACCCCCAAAACCGCCUCAAAAUCAGAUGUCACCGCCAAAAAGCCUGCUGCCAGUAAAGCUGCAGACACAAAGACACCCAACCGCUCCAAAGCAGAAAGUAAGCCCACACCUAGCAAGGAUGCUUCCAAGACCCCUGCAUCCAAAACCACUGCAGCCAAGACCUCCACCCCCAAGAAAACGGUGGGCAGCAGCACCCCAACUCCAGUGAAACGUGGCGCCAAAGCUGCAGAAAAGGAACCUGAAAAGGAAAUAGCCGCUGCUGUAGCUGCUGCUGCAGCUAUCGCUACGGCGGCAGCUGCCAUCGCCGGGUCGGAGGAACCAGAAGCAGCUGUGGAGCCAUCUGCUGCAGACGCACCGGAACUGACGCCCAGCCAGAAUGAAGCAGUGCAAGAAAAAACUUCAGACAUCACACCAGAACCAGUGUGUGCACCAGUGUUAGAACCACUGCGAGAACCAACACCAGAACCAGUACGGGAACCAACACCAGAACCAGUAUGGGAACCAACACCAGAACCUAUACGAGAACCGACACCAGAACCUGUAAGGGAACCGACACCAGAACCUGUAAGGGAACCAACACCAGAACCUAUACGCGAACCGACACCAGAACCUGUAAGGGAACCGACACCAGAACCUUUACGAGAACCGACACCAGAACCCGUACGAGAACUGACACCGGAACCUGAACGAGAACCAAGUCCUGUUCAAGUACGAGAAACAUCUCCUGAGCCCCUCCCAGAACCCCUGUCUGUGUCAGCAGAGACAGAUGUAAGAGCUGAACCAGUCCAGGAAGCAGCCCCCAGUGUACAGCCGUCAGCUCAGCUGGACCUCUUCAAAUUCGAAGAGUCUACCAACGACUCAGUUCCCUCCCUGGGAACCACUGUCAUGUCUCCUCCUAGUUCCCCAACAGGUCCUGUUUCUCCUGUCAGAGAGCCGCAGAACGCCUCCUCUCUGCUCGACAUGCAGUCUGACCCCUGGGACAGGAACCAGGCUCUAUCUGACUUUGCUCCUCAGAGUUUAGUCCAGACAGAAGAGGAAAAGGAGAAUGAAGAGGCACAGGAGACAAGGGAGGAGGAAGAGGAGGAGGAGGAGGAAGACAAGGAGAACCUGUUCAUGCCUACCUCCAUAGCUGCAUCUGCAGGGGCCUUCAGCAUGACGCCACAACCUCACUUGUUGGGUGUCUCGCCCAUGGAUGAUUUCACCUCCAGGUACCUGAUGUCCCCUCAUGAAAAGGAGGAGGCAGUGGAAAAGGCUGAUGAGGAGAUAAAUGAGGAUGACGAUGAAGAGGAGGAGGAUGAAGAUGAGGAACAGAGGAGACUAGGCCACCAGCCUUCAUCCUUGGUCACUGACAUGAGCACAUCUCAGCCCUCUGAGGAGUUCCAGGUGAGGUCCUCGGCCUUCGGUGGCUCCGCAGGGUGGCACGGUGACGACCAGCUGUCUGGGAUGGACUCUGAGGACGUGAGCAGCUGCACCAGCAGUCGGCAGCAGGGAGUCUCCGACCUCAGCAGCACCCAGCACACCGCAAUACUGGAGGGCACCCAGAGCUCAGAUGCCCUCGUCGACUCAAGCCUCCGCGGCUCUGAAGGAGAUGGUAAUCUGAUGGGUUCUCCCAAUGUGGAAACCCUGGCCAAUGAGGAGGAGGAAGACGAGGAUGAAGAGGAUGAGCGGGUGGAUGAUAUGGACCUGAGUUCAGAGAGAGUAGAGGAGCAUCACAAAGCUUUCCAGCAGCAGGAGCAUGAUGAAGAUGAGGAUGAGGAUGUAGAGAUGCACAGUGAAGGAGUGACAGAGAGCUGUGGGAAUGUAGACGAAGAUGACUUUAAUGAGGAGGAGCGUUUAGAUAACCUAAAUCGCUCUGGUCCUCCUCCUUGCGUCCCUCCUACCUCCUCCUGGGGCCAGUCCAACCCCUUCUGUGAUACCUGGGCUCAACCAGCAUCUCUGCUCUCUGUCUCCUCCCCCAGCCCUGUUUCUGACCACGGUGCUGCUGAAUCUGAAACGCCCAUCCUGUCUCCAGCCCAGGCCCGUUUGGACAGCAGCGCUCCUUCCUUUGCUCCUGAGUCAGAGCAGGAGCCCCAGCAGCACCACGAGGAGAUGAAGGGCUCAGCAGACGAGGAGGCUCAUGCCCUAUUUGCUGCCCCAGCUGUGGGCGCAUCCCAGCCCGGCACUCUGGGCAGCACAGCUCAUAGCAGCAGCGAGACGAGCACACCAGAGGAGCUCCGUGACUACGACAGCAGCUCUGGGGUGGAGUCCCGUUCUGACAAACAGCAGACCCCAGUGCCUGCUUCAGUCCAGCCUGACAUGGAGCAGGACCUGGGUAUUCACUUGGAGAAAGGCGAUGGAGAGGAGGAGGAGGCUGAGACACUCCCCGCCGACGAGGUCCUUGGAACAGGACCCCCAACCGCUCCUGCAUCCGCCCCGUCCUCCCCAUCCACCUCAGGAGACGAGGCAAGCGACACAGAGGGCGAGAUGCAAAUCAACGACCCUGAUGCGCCAGUUAUGAUAGACGAGAGCGCCGGUUUUGAAAGCCCUCCUCCCACCUGUAAUCUGCCAGCUCUUGAGGAGGAUGAGGAGGCGGGGGACACACCAGCCGGAGAAGGCGAAGAGGACGGAGGUGGAACCACCCCUCAGUCAGCCAACUCUGUGGCAUCUUACGGUUUCGACUGCACCACAUCCAACUCCAACGCCCACUCCAUGGCUGAGAGCUGCGGAAAGAGCCCAGGGAUCUUCUCCUUGGAGAAUGAGGAGCAGCUGCCAGAGGAGGCCAAGGACCCCUCCCUCAUCAAGGAGCUCACCCUGCCGUCAGCUGCUGCCGCCGCCCAGGCAGACGACCUGUUCGGCAGACCCGUGGACCUGAUGCCUUUGGGCUACCCGGGAGUCAACCAGCCUGGCAGUCUAGAUGAGCACCACUACAUGCUGGGGGGAAAGCUUGCAGCAGACCACCUGGAGGACGUCGACCCGCUGGAGCCCAGUCACCACCUCGGGGCGGAGGAUUCCGAAGAAGCCGGCGACAGCCAGCCGCCGUACUACUCCACCAUAUGUGAUAAGACUGAUAGUUUUCUGGCAGGUAAUGUAUAAGUCCCUCCUCUUACCCCUGGAAUGCACCUUUUCCCCGCAACCCUCCCCCGUUACCUGUUGUUCGUUUUCUCUCCAGUUGGGUUAGAUGGGUUAGAAGAAAAAAAGGAGAGCAAGAUUGUAGGAAAAGAUUUUAAAAAAUGAAUAAAGAAGAUGGAAAAAACAUGACUGUAGCAAUUUUUAAAUGAAGCCUCCCUCUUUCAUACUGUUAUGGUCAUGGUUAUGAGUGUACGGCUUAAACUCCUUUAUGUACAAUAGCUACUACCAUUUUCUAGUAGAAUGUUCUUUUUAAGUAACACUGCUUAUUCUGUAGCCCCUGAUGGGGUACUGACUGAUUUGGUCCACUGUGACUGAGCUUUUAAACCGAAAAAGAAAAAAAAACCACAGAUGGAAUGAAAUGGACUCAUUGUGUAUUUAUCCUACUGUUUUUACCGAACAAAUGUCAAUGAUUUUUUUUUGUUUUGUAUUUGCUUAUUUGUUGUUUUUUUGUUUUUGUUUUUUUCUGUUGAAACCUGGUCCUCCCUACCCUGUGUACACACGCUUCAUGUUCAACAGCACCAUAGCGACUAGUCACAUUUUAAAAGUUUGUGUUUCAAGACUUUUAGCUAUCAAAAUAAAGGCUAGAUAUUAACACGGCAGAUUUGUUGAGGUAGGUGUGGGAGUAUUAGAUUGCAGUUGGUGAAGUUUUUAAUGUGUGCUUCAAGAGGCUCUACGCUCUUUGCAUAGGUUGUUAAGGUAUAUAACGUGCAGUCACGUACAGUAUGUGUUUCAGGCAUUUGGUUUUAAGUGGCUAAGCUUCAAGCCUCAGUUAGCUGAUCAUUUGUGUUCCAGACUAACAACUAGCCUUUUAUUUGUGAUGAGACCCUGCAUUGUCCUACAUCACUCUCACAGUUGAGCUUUACACUCGCUGAAACGUUUUCAUAGUGAGCGUUUGGUUUACUAUUUCAACAGUAUAUUGCAUGUUUAACUAACAUAAAAGACUGUGUACUACCUUGAAUUUGAAACAGUUCUACACUAGACAUGUUCAUCGAUGAAUGGUUCACACUAGGUUAUCUUUCAAAAUUCCAUUAAAACAUCAUUGCAAGGCA